AAAAUGAGGGGUUUUUUCAAACUUGCUCUGCUCGCAUCAGUCCUACUUGCACUCGCUUAUGGGGAUGAUGGAUACAAUGAAGCAAGUGAGUUGGAGAGAAGAAGAAUUAGAGAUUGCCCAGAAGUCACUUUUAAAAGAAUGGCCGGUUGCGUUUGGGAAUUUGGAGGAUUUUUGAAAAAAGUACUUUUUCUGGAUUUAGAGCAGAGGACUCUGGAUAAAUUUAGAAAAUCGUGCGUUUCAAUGGCUACAUGUUUCGAUCUUAUCGAGUGUAAAGAAACUGGCAAAUUUUCAAGAGGCAAAAGAAUCAAGGACUCUUGUGAUGUCAUGAACUACUUAUCCAAAAAUUUCGUUCCCUGUCUUAGAAGAUUGGAAAAAUUGAAUCCAGCACCUACGUGCUUCAAGAAGUGGAAACCAUUUUAUGAUUUGAAUGAAGUUGGACCUGACACAACCCCAGAGGAAAUGGAGGAAUUGUGCAAAAAUAUGCUUGGAAAAGACAAUUGCAUGAAGGAUCUAGUCGGCAGAACUUGUGGAGGAGCCAUGUCGCAAGAGUUGGUCGAUCGUUUUGAAGAAACAUCCGUUUUCAAACAAUGCGACGCUGACUAAAUUUAGCGGACAUUUGAAUCCUUCAUUUUCUUUGCUAAACAAUUAAACAACAGUUAUUUCAUGCUAAACAACUAACGUUUACAUUUGAAUAAUUUUGAAUUUUUUCUCUUGAAAUUUAUGUUUCAAAAAGUACUGUUUUCAGAGGAAAAUUUACUUCAAACUUGUAAAAAUUAUAUGUUACACUAAUAAACUUUGAAGUUGUUUUUGAGGACUUUUUUGACGAAACUGUAUUUCUUGUAAUAAAAUGCAAU